UGAAGUACUUAUCUUGUAUUCGCACAUCGGUUACGUGGCAUGCGCGCCUUCCGUGCGACGACAGAAAAAUAGAAAAAAAAUAUCGGUAGAUAAGAAGGAAAAGGCAAGGGGUGGAAGAAGGAGGAAGGACGUGAGAAAGAGGAAAGAAAAUUCUCGACGGAUAAAGAAAGAGAGAGCGAAAAAAAAUUGACACAAGAAAGAGAGAGAAAGAAUACGAAGUAAAGAGAGAGAAAGGGGGAGCGAGACGAGCGAAUCGCCAAGCGAAGGGGGCGAGUAUCUCUCGCGCGCGUCUCGCGAGUGCGUCUCUCUUCUCGUACUUCCCGAAAUUCGAUCGUCGUCGUGAAUCCGGCGCAGUGAUUCCAUUAUCGAUUUCGUUAUCGAUCCGCGGGCUCGGAGUCGAGUCCUCGGAUGAAUCCCGCGACAAGACGGACCGUAGACGAGAGGAUGGAAAUUUCGUCGAGAAACACGUCGUCGACCCGUGAGUCGCCGACACGGUGAGUCACGUUUACCCGACCUACUUCUGUUACUGAGGCGAACGUCGUCGUCUAACGCGCAAAAAACGCUUGCGAUCUGUCUCGUGGAUGCAUAUGUUGUCAGGAGAGUGCGAUCAUUGAUCCCGUAAUAACAAGUUGAUAGUUGAUAUCGGCGAGGACAGUGGGAGGCGCAAAGUUGGCUGCGAAAACGUCAUACCCGUUCGUUGACUUGACAACGUUCACGGCGCUUGAAGUUGUCGCUCUCGCGGAGGUUUGGCGCGAUGUGAAGCGAAGAGGAGAAGCAGUGGAUCGCGAUAUUUUUGGGCGAUCGCCGGCCGGGGACGCGAACAUUCUCCCCGAAGAAAGAACUUUAUCUCCGAGAAAGAUAAAGAACGCGAAGAAGGAUAUUCAAGAGGCCGCGUCGAUAAACGAUCUCGAGAACAAGAUCUCGAAAGGAAGAAGACCGUUCUACGUUGGAAGAACGAGAAACAAGGAAGGUGGAGGAAAGACAGAGGAGGCGUACACACAGGCGCAAAAGUGAUAUGGAUACUGGAGGCGGGAACCGCGUCUCAGCGUCGCUGCGUUUUUUUUAUACACGACGUUCGAACAAGGUCGUACGCGAGUGGAACGACCGUGAUUUAAACGAAUUAUUGUGCGCGCGCGCACGGGCGCGUGCCCGGUUCGACGAGGUAGACGGACGAUGACAUUGUGUGUGUGUUGUUUCUUUUCACCGAUACACACACGCACGGAUGCAAUAUAUGCAAUUGCUUCUGGCCCCCUCCUCCCUAAUUCGGUUCAUCCGACACAACAGAUUAUCACGAAGAUUUCAUCUCGCUCUUCAAGUCUGAGUCGCUUUUUUGACAUUUCCAGUGAGAAAAAAAUAUAAGUCGUCGCAAGAUGGCUUCUAACGAAGACGGUGAUCUGAUCGAUCUCGGAAACGAUGCGUGUGUGCCACGUGUCCCAGUGGACGAUGCAACAGCUGAGGAACAAGAGCAUUUACUCGACGUGUGUCCUCCGAAAUUGGAGCAAAAGCUCUUCCUCACCAGACAGCAGGAACAAGUGCUGGACAGCACCGACAAGGGUGAUAUUCUAGUGACCUUGGGUCACGAUAAAGUGGUACCGAUUCGCAAGAGGAUCGACGUAGUGUCAUCGGACACAAUUAAGCGAAUUCGCGACAUUACCAAGAAUCUUGAGCCGGUGAUACAUAGAACUUGCUCGGGCAUCAACGAGGAGACUCAACAAGACACUGUGGACCACGGGGCAACCUUGGACUAUAAGAAGACGAAGGGUUCGAUAGCAAAGCACGAGGAUGAGACGUAUGAGGCGCGGGAGAUAAAUAAUGCCUUCGAUUUCCUCGCCGAGCACGAUGACAAUGAGGACCGAGCGGAAACGAGUUCGGGUCGUCUAAAGAAUGAGAACAACAGUGCGAAUCGCUCGCUAUCUUCCAUACGUCUCUUGACCGAGAAGGACACAGUCAAUUACUCUUCCGAGUCAUCGUCCAGGACCUCGAGCGAGGAAACGACCAGUGGAAGUGACAUGAAGAAGAAGAUAGACGUCAUGCAAAACGAGUACGAUGUCCAGUUGGAUAAUCCGGCCUUCGAGUACUCGCCGAAUUCGAGAAAAUCUCACGAGGAUGAUCCAGCCGAAAACAAAUCCAUCGAUUUGGAGCCGCACACGAGAAUCGUUCUUAAGAGACGCGGUCAGGAGGACAUCACGUUUGAGCGCGAAAGCAAGAAACGCUUUUUCCGUGAACCGCAUCGUAAAUCAUGGACAGAAGGGACGAGGCUGAACGCAGCUUUUACUGAUGAAUUUCCCGGUAUCGAUAGAUCUACCAGUCUUGAGGAAUAUCGUUGUGCAUCGUCGGUCUCUAACAUUGAUCGUGGAUUAUCCAGCUUUCUCAUGAGACAGCCGCCGGAAGCGGAAUCGGCGACCAGCGUCGAGGACGGCUGCUCCGAAGGUUCUGAAGUGGAUUGGUCCUGGCUCGAGGAAGUAGAGUGCUUGCGGGCCGCGGAGCCUCUCGCCACCGGCGGUGAACGUGACGGCGAACAGGGGGGAGAUGCUUCUUCCCCCACCGAUGAAAGCGCGGGGCGCAGGCGCGCCUGCGAUCGUCGCGAGACGGCGGCAACCCGCAGUGCCGCGAUGUCUGUCACCGCGACGGCAAAGUCCCUAGCAGUCGGUGGCUCGCGGUGGCCGUCCCCCGGUGGCACGCUUCUAUUCGAUUGUCAAAAUAAUAACAACAACAACGUCGAUCAUCACAGCGGCAGUCAACAUCGCCGGCAUCGCAAUGUCAAUAAUAACAAUGACGAAGACGACGAGGAGGAUGAUGAAGCGGCGCGUUGCAACGCUACAAACGAGGCGGUCGAUCGCGAAAAUCGCUACGGCGCGACAACGACGACCACUACAACUACCAUCCCCGUCGCCGGCUCUAUCGCCGCUGUUGCAAACUCGUGGAUGCGUGCAUCUAUGCGGCGCCUGCGUCAUCUGCGGCUACCUGAGGGCACGCAACGCGGUGCCGGUGAGCCGGCCAAUCGGCGCGCCGCGUCCGUCUCGGCGCCGAAUUCGUUGCCGGACAUCGCGCUGAUCGCGCCGGAGAUCCUCGCGGCGCAGACCAACGGCGGUACUUCCGGCACGCUGCGACCCUCGAGCGCGCCCGCGAGGAACGCGACCACCGCCGCCGCGGUCGCUGCCGCCGUCGGUGUCGCGACGCCGCGUCGAACCGGCCGGCAAUUCGCUGGCGGCGGCAGGUCGCGGGGCGCGCGAAAUCGGGAAACGGCCUCCUCGAGGCAGGGCAGCCUCGGCUCCACGACCACGACCAGCGAUAUCACUGCGUCUGGCAACACAACCUGCUCCAGCGGUGCUUCCACCAGUCCAGCCUCCAGCACCGCGACUACUCCGCAACGUACCACUUCGAGAAGGAUAUGCGAGAGGCAAAGAAAUGCUGACAGGCGAAACGACAAUAGGGGCGAGGAUGACGAUGAGGAUGAGAAUCCUCUCGGGAAGUGGCCGCAUGCUUUUAGUUCGUCUCUCGCGUGUCUCGGCUGCACCUUGGGACUUUUUAAUAUCAGUAGAUUCGCCAUUCUUAGUAUACAAUUUGGAGCAAACUUCAUUGUACAGUUCCUGAUUUUAUCGUUUAUAUUGGGCAUCCCGUUAUUGACGUUACAAGUAUGUCUCGGCCAAAGACUGGCGGCCGGUUCCGUGGAUAUGUGGAGAAUUUCGCCGCUUUUUCAAGGUGUCGGAAUAGCUCUGCUCACCGCACAGGCCUUCAUCGGUAUCUACAGUAUAGUCGGUGUAUCGUGGAUGUUUGUUUACUUCAGAGAUUCGUUCAUAACGAAGCAGGACAAGUAUCGAUGGGCGGAGCCGUUUCUUCUCUAUCGAGACGACAACCGUCCCACGCACAAUGCUACUACUUCGUACAAAUUAUACGAGACCGUUCCGGAUUACUUUAGCGGCGCCGUAUUGCAAAGACACCACUUGAACGAGACCGAUCCCGGUGUCGUCACAUUAAAGUUCCAAGUGGCUUUCAAUUUAGCCGUCGUGUGGAUGAUUGUCUUUGUUUCGCUGAGUAAAGGGCUGAGAUCUUACGGAAAGGUUGUAUACGUUUUCACGCUGGUGCCCGUGUUCGGUACAUUAGUCCUUUGCACGAAACUGCUAGGACUUAUUUCGCCAAGUUCGAUGAACCAAGUUUUCCCCGCCACUGUCUGGAACGAAUUUUUCAUUAAUGGAAAGUCAUGGGUGGCUGCCUCAAACGAGGUUUUCCUCACGUGGGGUUUACUUGGUGCGGCUGCUAUGCAGAUAGCGGCUCACAACAAGCACAAGCAUCUCCUACAACGAGAUACGACUCUCGUGGUGAUCUUGACAUUUGCGGUACUUCUACUCGGGGCUUUCUUAGCGAAUACCUGCGUACAGGUUCUUAGACUUCACGGUUACAUCUACACUACUAGUUCCUUCGAGAGGAUAUCAGGGUACACGUUUAUGAGGCUCGCCAAUAAACCGGCACCGUCGGGUCACAGCAGUACGCCCGAAAGAUUCAUGUCUCAUGCAUCCUUUCUCCUUGGUCAACGCGUAAUACGACCCGGCGUGGACACGAGCAUCGAGUCCGGAUACCAGGUGUUACGUCUGGCCACUGAACUGGUACCCGCAACACUGGCAUUGUUGGGCACCGAACAAGUGUCACCAUUCUGGGCGGUCCUGUUUUAUUUUAUCCUUAUCUUAUUUGGGAUCGCGCAACAGUUGGCAAUAUGGCAUUGCGUAAUAACCGGUAUAAUGGCGAUCAAUACGAAAAUGAUGAAGCUCUGGGAGACCACCAUCACGUUUUUUAGCUGCGCUUGUGCCUACAUACUCGGAUUGCCUAUGGCUACAGAGUUGGGUAUCUACGUCGUGUAUUAUCUCGAUUAUACCGUUGGUGGGGCAUGGUGGAUAAUCGUUCUAUAUCUAAUGCAAGUUGGCGCCGUGUUCGCGGUUCGUGGACGGCCGCACACCGGCGAGGCAGUCGUCGCCGAAUUAUUCCCACCAACUGGGCGUUGCCUUAGAUAUUGGGCCGGACCUUUGUUAUCCUUCAUCUGGAACGUCGUUCUUCCUGUCACUUUAAUGGUUCUCAGCAUCACGAUAUUCAAAAGCAGUGGUUUUCGGGAAUUGUAUUCUUAUCGUCGUACGAGCAGAGAUUAUUGGGCCGUUUGGGCAAGGCAACUCGGGACGGCAAUUCAGCUGAUACCGAUACUGAUGAUACCAGCAGUGGCUAUCAUACAGACGUGUCGAUAUCUGAAUAAUGGACCACCCGAUAUAUUCGACAAUGAACAAGUGGAAAUAACAGUAAAUCACUGUGAACAGUGUAAUGGAAGAAUUCAAUUACUUUAUCGGCCACCAUUAGAACCGGAGGAUCCUCGUGAUGCGCAAACCCAGAUCGGGAAUGACACUGGCACCGGCAGUUUGCAUGGCAACGGAAUCCUACCCGCCGCGACCACCGAGAUACCGUUCGAGGAUCCGCCGCCCAAGUAUACACCACCGCCGAGCUACACCACGGCGACCGGCGCGAGGAUCGCGAAGAUGCUACGCCAGAGUUUUCGACGAAGUGUGCGGAGAAUCGCGAACGUUCUAGGGGAAAGUAGCGCGCCGCGGCAGAGACCAGCGUUGCAGCAACCGCCACCGCCACCCGAUUAUGCGACCGUACUGGUGGAAAUGAACCAAAGCAGCGGUAUGCCGAUUUCGUACGAUCAAGUUGCAAUCCACGUGCCUUUGGAAUCGCGGCCGGAUGUAACUAAUAUUGGAAGAAGCGGUCGACAACAAGAUGUGGAUGGUCGAGCGCCGGAUGAGCGUCGGCAUGUUCGGCCGAACACAAUAGACCGCGCCAGCCGGAUCGGUAUUUCAAUCGAGAGAUCGCGCGCAUUGGAACGCACCCAUUCAUCGACCCUCGACCGAAAUCGCCGAUCGAACAAUGCCGCGAACAUCGCCACUCUAUCCGGCUCGAACUUGACGGCCACCGACGUGGCGAAUUUGCUGCGCAGCAGCAUACGCAGAGGUACCGCAAGAACGCAACAAUCACUGCGUAGGAGCUUCUGCCACGAGGAGCCGACGAUGGCAGCGUCCGUCGAGAAUCUAGUCGAGGCCGCCGCGCCUAUUGGCCAAGAUUCCUUAAUCUUAUCGAAAGACGCAUCUCUAGUCUCCGGUGAACAGAUCAACGAACACUGUCGCCACAACGACAACGGCGAUAGCAACGACGGCAACGAUGAAAAAAAGACUGCGAGCGAAAUGGAGAGUUCCGUUUCUGUGAUAUAGACUGAGAAUAUCGAUUAAAUGUCAAUCGCACAUCCUAUUGAUGCGCACGACUAAGUUUUAAUCCGCUGAUCUUGGAUCAACUAUGAUUCCGGUUAGCGAUUCCCUGCCUCUUUCUAUAAAUUAUAACUUUCUAUCUGUAAUGUAGACAGAAUAUCUCGUUAAUCGGAGUCGCGACACUAAUUCUCUCGGGUAGUCUCCAGUGUUUGAAUCCCCUGAAAUUAGAACGUUGUUGUUCUCCUCCCGUGUGCCUGAAUAUGUGCGCGUUUGUUACUAUUCCGAAGUACUUUUGUGUUCUUACGAUAUAUUUAUUUCUUUAUAUAUAUCUUCGUUAAAUAUUUAGAAAGAAAAUAAAGUUUUGCAUGAUACAGUUUGAUCCACACUUUUGAAUCUUCGCUACGAAUCUAUAUUCAAUGUUAAGAUUUGUUACAUGAGCUUAAUCUCAUUUAAUUUCAUGAUGAAUGCAAUUUUUUUAUUGAAAUUAAUUUAAACAAUUUCAGGGUCAAGCCAACUAAAUUGGCUCCAACCAUAGUCAUGUAAAUAUGGGCCUAUGUCCUGUUAAUGACUAAUUGAAAGAUAGUAUUGUGCUAUUACUGUAAUAAAGAAAUGCAGUAUUUAAUAAUCAUAUUAGGAAGUGUAUUGGUCUCCUAUUUCCCUGCUUAAAAAUUAUUUAAAAAUGACUGACAAAAUAAAUUAUAAACAAUCAGUUAAUAAAUUAAAAAAUACAUUAUAAAAUUUCGAGUUGCUUGAAGUUCGUUCGCAUAUUGCGGCGUUCUUAUUGAAAAUCGCGCAGAUAUCAUAUCCACAUGUACAAUAUAUCUGUGUAUUUGUUCAUCGUAAUUAGUCCUGUAAAUACAUGCAGCAUUUUAAAGAAUUAAAUUACGUUAUACUUUUAAAAUCGAUCAUAGACUCGCUAAGCAUCCCUUUCAUUAGCUUGAUUGACGCUGAUUUAUUGUAAUAUGAGUGUGUAUAGUCCGUCCAUGUUGUCAAUGUAUUUUUCUGUUGAUAAAUUCAACAAUUGUCCCAAAAGCGCUUUGUAAUUAUUAUAUAACGAGCUAGAUCGAUUUCCAUAAUAUUUUAAUUCGAGUGAAAGCCAUCGAGCAUUACGUCGAAAAAAAAUUAUAAUAUUCAUAUAAACACAUGAAAUCUUAUAUACGUACUUUAUAGCAUAAAUAUUCAGAGCUAUUCAACUUUCUAUAAAGUAAGUGUAACUGUUAUACCUGAUAUUAUGGACCAUAAUAAAGUUUUUAUGUUCUCGUAAA